AUGGCUGAGGCACCACUCGCUACGCCAGCUGCGGCUUCGAAGCCGUCCCAUCGAGCAUUUGCCGUCGGGCUUCACGAAGCUGCUCUCGACUCGCCAACGUUUCGCGCGACAGCAGCUCAUUUCGCUGAGCAGAUCGAAGCCGUCGAAAAGUGGCUCAAUGGCUACGUCAACUCGACCUCCAAACUCCUGCACGAUAUCAUCGCGUUGGAAGAUACCAUCAACUCGUACUUGACAAAGACGAUACCGUCCGCCGCCGACGGCGUGAUCGACAAUGACUACACGUUCCUGGCCUUGAAGCGCGUGGGGGACGGCUCGCGCGAGUGGUGGAUGCAGUUGCUGAGCAGCAUGAAGAAGAUGGAGACCACCGUCGUGGAGCCCGUUCGCUCGUUCCUCGUUGGUGACAUGCGCAACUUCAAGGAGAUCAAAAAGGUCCUGGAGCAAGCUCAGCGAACGUUCGACACGGCCCUCGCGCGGUACGUCGCGCAGUCCAAGACAAAGGAGGCUUCGCACCUGCGUGAGGAUGCCUUCUCCGUCUACGAAGCCCGCAAAGCGUACCUGCAGGCCUCCAUGGACUUUUGCCAGCUGGCCCCGCAGGUUCGGUUCACGAUGGACAAGGUUCUCGUCAAGGUGUCCGGGGAGAUCUGGAAAGAGUUGAAACGUGGCCGAGAGGCGGCGACGAGCGCUACACGGCAUGAGCGUGACAUGGACCGCGUGCGAGGCUGGGCUCGGGAAAUGGAGAUAUCGGAGAGCGUUUUCAGGAGAGAGCUGCAGAUCGCUCGGCGGGACCUGGGCGACCAAGCGCUUAUUGGGUGUAAGCCAUCUCGCGAGCUCGAAGACUAUAGCACAUCGACGGUCCCAUUCUUGGGGUCCAGGGGCCCAAUGAGCUUGCAGGUGAAAGGGGACGGUGCUGUCAUUUCCGAGAAGCAGGGUUGGCUGUACCUGCGCACCCUGUCCGGAAAGCCUGCGAGGCACAAUUGGGUUCGCAGAUGGUAUUACUGCCGCGAUCGGGUCUUUGGCUGGCUCAUCCCAGGGCCUCAAGGCGUCCUACAGGGCGACGAGAUUGGCGUCCUUCUGUGCAACGCUAAACCGGCCCCCGGCGAGGACAGGCGUUUCUGUUUCGAGGUCAAGACAAAGAACCAGACAAUGAUGCUGCAGGCAGAAACACAGGGCGAGCUGACGGAAUGGCUCGAGGUCUUUGAAGUCACCAAGAAGAAGGCGUUCGAGGCCACAAUGGAUCGGGACUCCAUCAGCCCGUUUGGAACCAGCGAUCCCGCGUUUUCCAUCUCACCACCAACGGUGCCGGAGUUUUCAGCGCGCAUACUGGACACCCAGAUGGCCCUCGCGAGCGAAGAGCCUGCUACGAUAGAGAGGGCAGGCACUCUCCCCGUGCCAGGCGUUGACGCUUUGGCAUCAAGGUCAAGCUUCGAUGUGAACGGCAGUCUGUCCCGCCGAUCUAUCACGGCCCUCGGCAGGGAUCUAGCCCGCGAGGAGGGAGAAAGCGGACGAGAGCAUGCGGCGCGGAUCAUUUCGAAGCUUGACCUGCACCGCAAGGCCACCUUUGGUGCAGGUGCAGAGGCUGCUCUGGCCGGAUCCUCAGGGGCUGCUGGUGGUCUUGCCAGCCUGAUCGCGGCGAGUCAUAACCUGCUGCCGGGUCACCCCAACUCGGCCCUUGGCUCCAAGUCGAAGAACAGCUUGCUCCCUUCGCUAGACAGCAAUCCCGGAACCCUCGCGCCACUCACACUCGCCAAGCCCCCGGCCAUCACCAACCUGAGUCGCACUGCCGUGCUGACAGCCGCUCAGCGCGACGCAAGGCAGGUUACCGACAAACUACCCCCCUCUGUGCUAGCCAAUUAUUGGGGCACCAACGCCUGGGGCGUGGUGAACACGCCGCCGCCAGAGCCAGUGCUGCACCGGUUCAGCGAUGAUGAUCCUGUGGGCGUGGUGGUUUCACCAGACAAUGUGCAAACACCCCUGAUUGAGUCCAUGCAGAAGAAGCAGACGCAAGACUCACUGCCUCAUAACUAUCCGCCCGAGCUGCGGGCUCAGCAUGCUCAGUUCCGUCUCCUAUUCCCGACUGCGCCUCCGGAGGAAAAGCUGGUGCUGGUCUUCAGAGCCGCAUGGUCCAGCACAGCGUCAUCGGCCGAGUCAAUGGGCCACGCUCUAGCGGGCGAUGGACGAAUCUUUGUUACGCCCGAUCACAUGUACUUUUACGGCCAGCAGAUGGGUCUGGUCACGGCAUACACGCUGCCCCUUGACAUGAUAUCCGAGGUGACAGCUUCACCUGGCAAAGAGGUUGACUUUAUCUUCCUACACCUCGGUCAAGAUACCAAUGACACUGGGUACGCGAAGAUCACGCUCAAGAUCUUCUUGGAUGACUUGCGUGUGCUCCACACACGGCUCAACAUGCUCAUCGACGACUUGCAGGCUGAGGAGCCAAUGGACACGGAGGCUAUCAUCACGGCACUUAUCAACGUGGAGAGAGAGGGACUGGAGAGGCCAAGCCCAUCUGCAGAGAGCUGGGAGGAGAUCCCGUCGAAUACCCCAUAUGAUGAUGGUACUCCAGGGGGCAGGAAUCCGAUGAGCAGGUCUUUCGAAGGUAGCCCGCGACUUCAGCCUUCCGGGUCUCUACAAUUGCCGACGCAUGCAAUCAUGGCGGCCGAGCGACACUUUGAGAUCAGCGCAAACUUUGUCUUCCCAAAGCUAUACUUUGAACACCGCGCCCAGCAGAUCGCGCAAGGACCCUGGGUUCUGGUGGACCAGGGGCGCAUGCGACAUCUUCUAGGCAGGACGAAGACAGUGAAGGUCACAGAUCACCAGACCAUCGACAUGCACAGCGAGCACACGGCGUGGCAUCUCCCUCACCACCAGCACUUCAAGCUGAUUACCAAGAUUGUCAUCACACUGGCCAUCUAUACACCUGCGCUGUCCAAGAAUCUCAUUGAGCGACAGGCGCUCCACGACUUGGCAGAGUUGGUCACGGACCAGGUCCGCAAGCUGGGAGCGCGAAGCCGUACCAACAGGGCCAUCCAGGUGUACGGCCACGUCGGGCAUCAGACGCAGAUGACGACCAAGACGCGAACCCUGACCGCUCUGAUCUGGGAGACAGUGCGCUCCUUUGGCGAGAGUGCCGUGUCCUCGCUGAUCAUGAAGUUGUUCAAGGUGUUGACGGCGCAGCGGCUCUUAUUAGCGCUGCUCGCACUCAGCACCCUGACCAACAUGCUCCUCACGGCCACCGAGACCUCGACGUGGUGGAAGGAGAGGCGUGCUGCAGGCCUGAUGCGCAAUCUGGGUGCCAUUUACAUCUCGGAUCUCGGUGAGGCGUCGGAGAGUAGUCACACCCAUGCUUUCCCGCAGAACAGCACCUGCUUCGACAGCUUUCAGGACAUUGUUGGAGCCACAGACAUGGACGCCCCUUGGCAAGACGCAGGCUCUGCCUUUUCAUCACCGGCCUCCCGAUCGACCGCAAAGCGUACAUACCGCCACGACCUGGUCAAGGAGAUGCUGCAGUCCGAGUGGGAGAACUGGCUGGCCAACGAAGUCUCACUCAAGGACGAGGAGAAGUCCGGCAAGGGGCGAGAUGAGUCUAUGCAGAAGGUGUUGACAGCCAUGCCGUCUGCUAGGCGGGAGGCACUCAUCGAGUGGCGCGACAAGCAUUGUGGGAGCUGCAAGUCGGACUACAAUGAGUCGCAACCCAAAGGCCGCGUGUUCCUGCCCAUACGCCACGCCGUAUUACCACGCAACACCAUGGGUGGCACUCACCACGAGGCUUUCACCUCCCUGUGCCCUGUGAACUGGGCCGACGUACCCAAAGACGACCUCAAGCCUUACCUGAACUCUGUCUUCACCGAGGCUAGCACCGUUGUCGAAUCCAUCCCCUCCCCGACCUCCAAGGCGAGCAGUGGCUCUGGCAGUGCCAAGAAGGGACGCGCACGCUCCAAGACCGACUCGGCCGUCCUCGAAAACGAUGCGACCGUGCCUGUAGCCACCAGCGGACCAGGCUUCCGCCCCGAUCCUGCUACAGUCGAGCAAGCGCUCAAGUUGAAGGACGAGUGGAAGGAUGUCAAGGUCAACCCGCGCGAGAACCCCUUGGGUGUCCAGGUGUACAAGCUCAGCGCCAAGGAUGGGAAGGGCGCAUGGUUCGCGCGGAGAAGCGUGCACGAGGGGUUAACUUUUGACCAGUGGGUGGCAGGGAUGAAGCGAGAAUUCCUAGAGUCCAUGAAGGUGGACGAGGGCCAUGGUAGUGGUGCCAUUAGAGGCCUGGGCGCAGAUCAACGAGUCGAAAACCACGAGAUCGACGACGACACUCAGAUGCAAGUUUUCCAAUUGUCGGCACAAUUUCCCGGGCCUACAUCGCCUAGAGACUUCAUCACAUUGCUUCUCACAACCACCUUUCCCCACACGACAUCUGAGCAAGGCCAACCUCUGAGACAAUUCAUGGUGGUUUCGAAACCCGUCACUCAUCCCGAGUGCCCCCCGCGUUCCGGAGUGAUUCGGGGUCACUAUGAGUCGGUGGAAAUCAUAAGAGAGAUUCCGGUCGAGACACCUCUUGCUGUGCGGUCUCAGUCUGCCCUGGACCUCCCGAGUGGUCGGAACGCAUCGCCAAACACCAAAGCUCACUCUGUUAGCUCAGAUGAGGGAGGCGCCACUCCAGUAGCUAUUGAAUGGCUGAUGGUUACGCGAAGCGACCCGGGCGGCUCUGUCCCACGAUUUAUGAUCGAAAAGGGUACGCCGCCGGGCAUCGUCAAUGACGCGAAGAAAUUUCUUGACUGGGUCACCCGCGAGUCCUUGGGAAGCCGAGAGACCGAGACGAACGAGUCGGCAGAGCAAGAGAAGGUUUCUGCUCCGAGAACGGCAGUGACAACGAACAUUCAAACCCCUGCUGCGCAAGCCCCCGCGAGGCUUCCCGCGGACAGCACCCAAACAACUUUAGGUGGCGGCGACGAAAACGGGGACUCAACUAUGAUAACCGGCGCUUUCGGUGCCGCGUCCAACGUCGUAUCAGGAAGCUUCAAGGCUUGGAACGGUACUGAUAACAACGACAAGCAGCCGGAACGUCUAGUCGACUCGGACGACGUUGGAGAAGAGUCAUCCCUGGACGAUGCGUCGUCCAUUGUCAGCUUCUCCUCAGCUCUGGAGAAGAGGUCGACUAAUCAGGAUAACGACGUAGCCAGGGAUACUGAGAGCCUCAACCAAUCCGAGGAUAAGUCAUCGAGUACAAUGCCGCAGCAGAAAGAGCUACGCCGUCUUGAGGAGCGCAGGCGCAAACUGGAUGAGAAGGCCAGCAAGAUGACUGAGCGGGUUGAGAGCCGGCGGUCUGGCGACAAAGAGAAGGAUGCAGCAGCCCUAGCCAAGAUUCGAGAGAAGCACGAGAAGGAAGUAGCUAAGCAGGAGGCCAAGUACCAGCGAGAGUUACGAAAGAUCGAAGAGAAGCGGGAGCAGGAGGAGCGCAAAGCCGAGGAGCGGAGGCGCAAAGCUAUGGAGAAGGAAGAGCGCUCGAAUAUGAAUGAGCCUUGA